AUGCAAAAUGAAGAGGACCCUGUGAUACCCAACCUAACACUUCUUGGGAGUCCUGCAUGCCAGGUUAAGGACCUUUUAAAAUAGUAUAAAAUUUGGAAACUUUUAGAUCCCAAUUCCUUUUAUUAUGUUGAAGGCUUAGAACAAGUCAAAAUAAUCCAGUCCAUAUACUUCAAGAGUCUAAGACUCUCCCAUUUUGUCCCCAAACUGGAACCAAUUCUUGAAUUGCCUCUGGCCUCUUGAAGAGUCUCACUUGUUCAAAAGCACCUUAAAAGUCCCAGCCAGCUCUCUAGAGAUUAUGCUACUUUAAAAGAGUUUGCCAUCAAACAACUGAGCUGAACAUUGAGUUAAGCCAUUCCCAAAUGUGAAUUUCUAAAUCAUUUCCCUGAAGCUUAUGUUUCCUCUUGUUGCUGUCACUGCCUGACAGAUGUAGUUAAGGACACAGCCUGCACUGAACUUUUUGACACUACUUUUUCCUACACUGAUCUCUAGAAGGCAGUUAAGAAACUCCUAACUACUUCACUAUAA